AUGAAUUCAAUAUACAUAAAACUAAAAACAAAUAGAAGAACUUAUAGUUCAAAUAAUAACAAAUAUCAUUAAGACAAAUAUGAUGCGAAAAUUCAUUUUUUACUAUAAGAAGAAGAUGACGAAAAUGGGAAUGAAGUAAAAUAAGCUGAUGUGAAUUUAUUUUUAGAUUUUGAUAAAAAAAGUGAUGUAAUGCUAAUUAGAGGUUAAGCUGGAUCUGGAAAAAGUAGAGCAGCAAAAAAAAUAGAAGAAUUUAUUUGGAAAAGACAUUAAAGAAAUCAAUAGGAUUGGAUUCCAAUAUUUAUUUCAUUGCCAUCCCUCAAAGAUCCAAUUAAAAAUCUGUUUAACGAAGCAAUGGAAUCAGAUUAUUAUCAUUUUGAUAGAAUCUAAAUAAGAGAGUUAAAAGAUGCAAUAUCCAAUAAUAGAGAACGUGUAGUAUUGAUUCUUGAUAGUUACGAUGAAUUAAAAAAUGAUAUAAAAAGCAAAAAUCUUUAUUAAACUAAUGAUUUAGCUUAAUAGUUCAACAUUAAACCUGAAGAUAAUAAGAAUCUUAAAAUUAUCAUCACAACAAGAUCAGAAUUAUUAUAAGAUAAAAACUUCGCUAGUUGGUUUGUUGGAUCAGAUAUUAAAGCUUUCAUUGACAUUGAACUUUAAUAGUUUUCAGAGAAGGAAAUUAAAGAAUAUCUUGACAAAUAUAGUCAUCUAAGUGUUAAAAAUAAAAUAUAUGGUUUAUAUGAAUAUGUAUAGUAAAUUGAGGGUAAAAAAGUUGACCCAGAAGAUGUGAAAUUAAUUUAAUCAAAAAUUAGCCCUUUUAUAAAGAAAUAAUCAAUUGAUAAUAUUGAAGUUGACAAAAAAUAAAUCUUGCUAAAUGGUCAUAAAGUUAAAAACAUACUUGAUAAUAUAAAAUUACUUCCUUAUUUUAAAAACUUAAGGGAUGAACAAAUAAUAAAAUUAGAAAAAGAACUUCUUGAAUUGUGGAGCUAGGAAAAGUAUUAAGAUUCUAUUGAUAAUUUAAAUAUAAGUAAUAUCUUAUAAACCCCAUAUAUGAUGGAAAUUGUAGUGUAGGUUUUGCCUAAUUUUGCCAAAAUUUAUUCUGAAGUGGCUUAAAUAAAAGAGCUAUUUAAAAAAAAUUAUUUAGCAAUUAAAGAAAGUGAAAAAAACUCAAAAUUAAUUAUUGAAAAAUAUAAAUCAAAGAUUAGGAAUUAGUAGCAAAGAUAUAUAAAUAAUUAUAAUGAUGAGCCAGAUUAGUAAUAUAAUAAAUUAUUAAAAAUUAUGGAAGAGAUCAAGUUUUUCCAAAAUUUUUCAAUAUUAAAUAAUUUAAAUUAAAUUAAUACUUAUCCUGGUUUAGAAGCAGAUGAUAAAAAUGCUAUAAUUAGUUCAUAUAGAUAGAAAAUAUUUACAACAUAUGAAUUUUACGAAAACUUUAUCAACUUUUAUCAUGCGCAAUAAAUGAUAAAGCAAUAACGUUUAGGUAAUGUAUCAAAUUUUGAGGCUCUAAGGAUAGAUCUCUGGGUUUAUGCCGAAUCUUUGGCACUUGAAAUGACUCUUAAUGAUUAAACUUAUUUUACUCACCAAAUUUCUGGGCUUUUAAAAUUAGAAAAACUUUAAGAAAUCAAAAAACCAGAAAAAAAUUGGCUUGAUUAAUAUUUUGAUGGAACGGAAAAAGAGCAAGAGUAUAAGAAUUUGAUAAGAAGCUGCAUAUUAUUAACUUGUAAGGGAAAUGUUUAUUCUUUUACACAUAAAUCAAUUCAAGAAUUUUUUGCAGCAAAAUAUGUGAUUAAUUUAUUUUAGGAUUUUUUUGAAAAUAAAAAGUAUACAAAUGAAGAGAUUUAAAAAUCUAUAUAUAAUAAUGAUAAAUUUAAUAUUUCGAAAGCUAAUUUUUAAAAGAUUUCUGAAUUUAUAAUUAAUUAUUUUAAAGGAAGGGAGUAAGUAUUUGUGAAUUAGUUAAUAGAAAUUUUAAAGCUUUCUUAAAAAGAAGAUUUUCUUGUUCGAUCAGCGUCAAAUUCUUUAUUUCUAUUAUCAUAAUUUAAAGCAUUUUUAGGAGGUUAAAGUCUCUAAAAUCUAAAAAUUUCAGACACUAAAAUAAAUGGUUUAAGUUUUUUUAAUAGCAAUUUAUCUAGAAGUAUUUUUGAAAAUGUAGAAAUUGAUGGAUGCAAUUUUAAUUUGGCAAAGAUUGAAGAUGUUAUUUGGAAAAUUAUUUGUAAAGAAUAAAGAACACUUUCCGAACAUAAAUAGAAAGUGACUGCUUUGACUAUGAGUUUGGAUGGAAAAAGAUUGUAUUCAGGAAGUAUAUAAGGAGAGAUAAUUUGUUGGGAUUACGCUUAAAGAAAAAAAUAGCAUAUCAAAUAACACAACGAUCAAAUUAAUUGUUUAAUAAUCAGUCCUGAUGGAUAAUUAUUAGCAUCAACAGGAAAAAAAAACACUAUUACUCUAUGGAAUAGUAUAACUUUGGAAAUUAUUAAACUAUUGGAAGAACACACAGAUGAGGUAAAUUCCAUAAACUUUUUGUAAGACAAAAAUGAAAAAUUGCUUGCAUCUGGAAGCAGUGAUUAGACAAUAUUAUUAUGGAAUUAUGACAAAAUGUAAAGAAUCAAGCAACCUCUUAAACAUAAAACAAAAGUAAUGUAAUUAGUUAUUUUUCCAAAUUCAAAAUAAUUAGCAUCUAGAUGUCUCGAUAAUUGUAUUAGGAUUUGGAAUAUUAAUAUAGAGUUUCCAUAAAUCAUUUAAAUUUUUCUUAAUCAAAGUUUUGAAUUGAGAUCAAUUGGAAUUUCAGCUGAUGGAUAAAAUUUGAUAGCAGGAUACAAGUACUAAUAAGAAUAAUAAGAUGAAGUUUGUGUAGGAGUUUGGGUAUUGAGACAAGAAUCUUGUAGAAGAGAGUUGGAAAUUUAAAAAUCAAAAAAAAUUUUCUCUCUAGCUAUUUUUUUAUAAUCUGAAUAACUAUCCACAAACAAAAAAACUAUAAUAAUUGCUGGGAGUUAAAAUGUGAUAAUCUUUUGGUAAGAAAAUCUAAACGAAAAUGAACUUAUUUAAAAAGGAUCUGUUGAGGCUUUGGCUUUUUCUAAAGAUUAAAAACUUUUAAUUUCUGCCUCUGAAAUAGAAAUAAAAUUAUGGAACUGUUAUAAUGAUUUUACUCUAAAUAAAUUAAUAGAUUUAAACUUAGAUAGUAUAUUAAACAGUCCAAUUAAGAAAUUAGCACUUAUAGAUAAUAAUUUAAUAUUUUGGACAUAAAAUAAAAAUAUCUAUUAUAUUUAGUAAAAUGAAAAUUAAGAUGUACUUACAAUAAACUGUGAUGGAGAUGUUCAAGAAAUAGAAUUUGGUCAAAGUUAUAUUAUUUGUGGAGGGAAUGAUGAAGCUAUCUAGAUAUAUAAGUAUUAUCAAUCUAAUUUUACAAAUUAUGACAUACUUGAAAAUUAUAGUGAUGAAAGAAAUCCCUCAAAAGGAAUUAAUUUUCUUGCAUUAUCUUUAGAUGAGCAAUUUCUAGCUUCUGCUGAUAAAAAUUAAAUGAUUUAUCUAUUUACAAUUACUGAUAGGUUAUGGUCAUUAUUUCAUUAGUUUGAUACCCAAAAAAUAGUCACUUCUUUAUCAUUUAUUCCAACAAAAAAUCUAUUAGCUUUUGGAUGCGAUGAUAAAACAUUAAUAUUAUGGGAUAAAGAUGAGAAAACAAUAAUCGAUCAAUUUGCAGGUCAUUCUGGAUAAAUUUCAAUGAUAAAUUCUUCUUCUGAUGGUUCAUUAUUAAUUUAUAAAAUAUAUAAUGAAGAAAGCUAAGAAUAAAUUGGGGUAUUAUCCUUUCAAAAUUCUUAGAAAUAAUUUAAAGGAAUUAAAAGCGAUGUUAUUUAAAUUGUAACUUCACCUAAUGAUGAAAAGUUUUUGGGAAUUGGAGAAGAUUAGCAAAUUUAAAUAUGGGAUCUAUAGAGUGAAAAAAUAAAGCCAUCACCUAUUACUAAGAAAGUUGAUUUAACAUGUGCAUUGAUUAAUUAAGAGAAUAAUUUAAUAACAGGUUAAAAUAAUGGAGAUAUCAUUAUAUGGUAGAUGAUAAAUGAAGAUGAAAAUAAAUUUGCGGAUGGAUAGUUAGCAUAAUUUGGACAUUCUGAAAAUAUAAACAGUUUAUGUUUUUCUCCAGAUGGAUUAAAUCUUGUUUCUUCUAGUGAAGAUAAAAUAUUAGUAUGGGAUAUUCAGAAAAAUAAAAAAAUAGAGUAAAUUAAUUAAUCUGCUUUGCAAGUAAUGUAUUUUCCUAACUAUCCAGAAAAAUAACUUCUCUUAAUUAGACAAUAAAAAAAAAUUUUAAUUUGGAAUAUUAUUUAAAGAGAGGAAUUAAGAUUUUAGAUAACGGAUAAAGUUAUAACAGCAAUCGAUAUAAUUGAAGAAAGUUAACAAGUAGUCUAUGGUUUAGAUGAUGGAAACAUUCUAAUUUGGAAUAAUAAUGGUUAAGAUCAACCAUAAAAAUUAGAAAAAAAACAUGAUUAAAAAGUAAAUUCGAUUUCCUCAAAGUUUGAUGGAAGUUUUUUAGUUUUAGGAAGCAAUGAUUGUAAAAUAUCUAUAUGGAAGAAAGAUCAACACUAAUUGUAUGAAUUUGUAGAAUUCAAAGAAGUUCACAAAAAUAAAGUUAAAGUUGUUAUAUUUACACCAGAUGGAUAGUACCUUGCUUCUGGGGAUAGUGAAGGAAUAAUUUAUAUUUGGGUAACUGACGCAUAUUAUGAGUAAGAAAUUCACACAGAAUAAUAUAAUUGUGAAAUUAUUACUAUGGCAUUCUCCUAAGAUGGUAAAAUCUUAGCGACAGGAUAUAAUGAUAAAUGUAUCAAAAUAUGGAAAACCGAAGAAUUAAUUCUAAUUUAAACUAUUUAGAGAGAGAAUGAAAAUGUUUUUUCAAUUUCUUUUUCUAUUGAUGAUAAAUUAGCUUAUUCUUUUGGAUCAGAUAUUAAUUUAUGUGCAAACUAUCUUGAUAUCAAUUAAAAUGCUUAAUAUAUUGCAUACUAAACCUACACUAAGUAUCCAAUUUUGCAAGCAGAAAAAUGUUAAAUUAAAAAUUGUAAAAUAGAUGAUGCAACUGAUCAGAAUUAAUCUUUGUUAGAAUUAUUCUUAUAAAAGAAAGCAAUUAAAGAAGAAUGA